CAGGGCAACAACCAACAAUUUCUCCCCAUUUCCAUUUUGAAAAAACCAACACACAUAUUUUUCGGCAAAAUAUUUUCGAAUUUCUAUUUCGGUUUGCCGCUCGCGUUCACUUUCAGAUCCAAGACUGAAGGCCUGAACGGUGUGGUCCCCCAUACAAAAUUCAAUUAGACGCAAGAGGAGCGUGAUUUUUUGCUUCAGCAAUUGGCAUACACAUGCUGCAUCUCUCCCACCACUCGGCACCCGAUGCUGCGGGCCUGCUGCUGGCAAAUCUCUACAUCCAACACUUGCUUGGCAAUGCCUGAGGGACUCGGCUGUGGUUGCUGAACCGCCGGACACUAUGCCUGACACGAGGUACCAUUUGCGGGCGCUGCCACAACAGCGUCGUCUGGUGCCGAACCUGCUUCGCACCAUACUCAAGCUACUGGAGGAUGCGCGCCGGCCGAUGCGGGACUCGGAGAUAAUAUCGGCAUUAUCGGUGCGUUUCCGGCGCACCGAUCCGGACUUUCAGCGACAGGUGCGCAUGAAUCUCCGCGACGCUGUCUCUUAUGGCAUUCUGAAGCGACAGGCGGACAUGUUUAUGUUGCGCUCCAAGCGCCUCAACGAGAUAAUGGCCUCGCUGGUCCCCAACAAGCGGUAAACGGCGGGGGAGGGGAAUGCAACUCGACAGCAGACCGAGCUCGAUAAUUCAUUAUUCAUUUCAUUUACAAAAAAAAGCAAAACACACACAUUUUAAAACAAGUAUGCACACUAAAUACGUCCACUGAGAAUUGAAUCCCCAACAAUUUCCAAAUAUACAAAAUUGCUUAGGUUGCCCAAAAA